CCGGCCCAUAUCCCGGCAGGCAGCGCGGCGGUUCUCUCUUUCGCCGCCAUCUUGGCUUGGCGCCGCGGGGGCCUGCAGGGACCCGGGUUCAGGAGGACGCCAUGACCGGGAGGCUGUGGUGCAAGGCCACUUUUGCUGGCUACAAACGUGGCCUCCGAAACCAGCGGGAGCACACCGCCCUUCUGAAAAUUGAAGGUGUUUAUGCCCGGCAGGAGACAGACUUCUACUUGGGCAAGAGGUGUGCCUAUGUAUACAAAGCUAAGAACAACACUGUAACGCCGGGUGGCAAGCCCAACAGGACACGAGUGAUCUGGGGGAAGGUUACCCGCGCCCAUGGCAACAGCGGCAUGGUUCGGGCCAAGUUCCGCUCCAACCUUCCUGCCAAGGCCAUUGGACACAGAAUCCGGGUGAUGCUGUAUCCAUCUAGGAUCUAAAUUUUUAUUGGAAAUAAAAUGGAGAAUCUGUUU